AUGACACAAAGCAAACCGAGAAGAAGAAAACCUGUCGGUUUAGUUCCUGGUUGCAUAAAGUCAAGACUCACCCUCUGUUUAGAUUGUUGUUUUCUUCAUCUGUAGUCUCAAACGGUGAUUUCAUUUCGACCGAAAUGUUCAAAAGCUUCGGGACGUGGUUGGGUCUGGAGGACCAGACGUACACGAAGGCGUCGGACGACACAGAAAAGCUGAGUGGGGAGCAGGAAGAAAAGGUGGUGGAAGCACAGAACGAGGUAAACAAACAGCAACCAGCUGGCCAGGAUGGAGAACCAGAGGCCGACCGAGAAGAAAACUCUGAGCUCGGCAAAGGACUCGGGGAUUACAUCUUCAGUUUUGCCACCAGUGCCACCAGGAAGAUCUCUGAUUCGGUGGUAGAGACGGCGCAGAGCAUCAAGAAGACGGUGGAAGAAGGGAAGAUCGACGGCAUCAUAGACAAGACUUUCCUAGGAGACUUUCAAAAGGAGCAAGAGAAGUUUGUCCAAGAGAAGAAGGCAAAAAAAUCAGAAGCGGCGGUGCCUCCCUGGGUCGGCUACAACGAGGAGGAGACGAUCCAGCAACAGAUCCUUGCUCUGUCAGCCGACAAGAGAAACUUCUUGCGAGACCCCCCCGCUGGUGUUCAGUUCCACUUCGACAUGGAGCAGAUGUAUCCUCUGGCUGCAGUGAUGCUGGAGGAAGACCAGCUCCUCAACUGCAUGCGCUUUGACCUGGUCCCAAAACAUGUGAAGGAGGAGGUGUUCUGGAGGAAUUAUUUCUACCGGGUGUCUCUGGUCAAGCAGUCGGCCCAGCUGACCGCGCUGGCAGCCCAGCAGCAGCAGAAGGACGGCGAGGACAGAGCGGCCAGCGUUUCGUCCGAGGACGUCGUUCUAACAGACAAUGUCAGACCAAAAACACCACCAGUUUCUAUCGGCGACAUACAGAAGCCACCCCAGGAGGAGGAGGAGGAGGAGGAGGAGGAGGAGGAGAUGUCGACCAGCCCCGGGGUGUCUGAGUUUGUGAGCGAUGCUUUCGACUCGACAGGCAUCGACCAGGAGGACCUGAGGAAAGAGAUGGAGCAGCUGGUGCUGGAUAAGAAGGAGAGCGUCCCUUCUCCUGAUGACGAGUCAGCCGACUGGGAGAAGGAGCUGCAGCAGGAGCUCCAGGAGUACGAGGUGGUGAGCGGCUCCGACAACAAAGACGACCAAUGGGAUCAAGAGAUCGAGAAGAUGCUCCAGGCCGACGACAGCUAGACAAACGCCGUGUGUCCGUGUCCUGUUCGGCGAUCUGCCCUCUCCGCACAACUGUGAUUACUAUCUUGUAAGCAUUCUCCUGUACCGGAUGAAGGUGUAGAUCCAAUAAUAGCAAGAGAGCAUCGCCUCUGCUGGAAACAAAGGGUAUGUUCAGUAGGGCUGCACGAUAUGAGGGAAACAUGCGAUAACGUUGUUGAAUAUUUUUCAAUAAACGGAUAUUAAAGUGGACUCAGUUCGGAAUUUCUGCUGCGUUCAGUAUUCUGCUAAAAAAAAAACAAAUGUCAUCUAACAAAUUUAAUGGAAUAUAAAAGGCACCACUAAAAAAAAAAAAAAAGUCUUUCGCGAUAUGUCGCAGCCUUUCCACAUGUGUUUAUUGCGGCAGGUGACAUCGCGAUAAAAAAGUGAUAUAUUGUGCAGCCCUAAUGUUCAGGCGUAUUUAUAAAGCGCUACUUUAUUGCUCCUUCCUAAAUUAAUUUCCUCUACUUGCUUUCCCAAACCCCCUCUCUCUCUCUCUCUCUCUCUUUAUGAUGGGGAAAAGUCGCUAGAGGGCGCUCCAGUACAGUGGGUUUUAUUAUGGCGGGGGCUUGUUUUGAAAUGACGUCACAUUAUUUCACACUGCUGCUUUCCGGUGGGGUGUACAGUAAAGUCUUGAUAUAGGUAUAGUCAAAUGUAAAGUUACAUGUAUAUAAAUAAAGAGGAUUUUUAACACUAUACUUUACUUCAAGUUGCAUUCCCCUUUCAUUACAUCUGCUCAUCUAUCUUUUUGCAUUUUCUAUCGUGUUUUCACAAACUCCCAUGUGCACGUCUGCUUUGUUUAACCCCUUAUCCCUUUUUUUCCAAUAUGUAUGUAUUUGUUUUUGAUUAACAAAAGAGAAAACAUGAUUGCAUUAAGCAAUCAGCCACAAAAAAAAAUUAUAAUGAAGGUUUAAAGUAAAAAAAAAUGAAAGUGAAAAUGACAUAUUUGACCGGUUAUCUGACAGUACACAUGAUGUUUAAGGUGGACACGAAGCCCAGAGGAACUAGGUUUUAAAAUGGCAGAAACUAGUGUUUCGAACAAUGCUAUGAAGUCUUUUUUUAUAAGGCUACAAAAACACAUGGCAUAUAUUCCUUUUUAUACCGGUACUUUAUAGGCAUUCUCUAUGAAGUCCAUCCAAUGACGCAGAAUAAACACUAACGUAGACGUUAAAAAAUAAUAAUAAAGAACGUGAUGUGGUAAGGAGAGACGGAACGACGAGCAUUGUAGAAAUAUUUAAAUCGAAGAUUUGAAGAGAUCAUUCUUGUGAAGGCCUUUUUGUUAUGUUUCCGCAGGUGUAUUUAUUUUGCUUAUCAUAUGUAUUGUAACCCACAAACAUUGGAUAAGACAAGUUUGGCAAGUGAAACCCGGUUAUGUACUGUGCGUGAUCCAGGCAAUAAAUUACAAGGAUUCCCUCA